AUGUUACAGCUACAUCACCAGUUGCCCCGAAAAGAUUAUCAGCACCGCAAGACCUAUAAAUAUGAAGCGCCAUGGACUGUGUACGCCAUGAACUGGAGCGUGAGGGCUGACCAACCCUUCCGCCUCGCGAUAGGAAGCUUCGUGGAGGAGUAUGGGAACAGUGUACAACUCGUGAGCCUGGCGUCUGACUGGUGUGAUAACUCGGGAGAUUUCGUGUGUAGAUAUACCUUACAGCAUCCCUACCCAGUCACCAAGAUCAUGUGGAUGCCUGACCCUCAAGGCGUCCACCCCGACCUGCUGGCCACAAGCGGCGACUACCUGAGGAUCUGGCGCUGCCUAAAUCCGAAGGAUGUGGUUCCCUCUGUGGGCCGGGCAAGAGGAUUGAUCCAUAGGGCUCAGGCAGUAGGGGGCAGUGUCUUCCGAGGGCGGGGCCGUGGAAUCAUCGCGGCCGCAGCUGCUUCCACGGUGGGGGCCGUUUCCCUUGACUUGGAUCCCCGCCUUGAGUGUGUACUCAGCCAGAACAAGAAUAAUCGUUUCUGUUCACCCCUCACAUCUUUCGACUGGAGCAGCACAGACCCUCAUGUACUGGCUACUUCGAGCAGCGAUACGACAUGUACCGUAUGGGGCCUGGAGACCCGUCAGAUACUAGGCCGCGUGUCGGGUCACGGUGAGGCACACUUUACUAACCACAACAAAGAGGUCUAUGAUAUUGCCUUUGGAGGGAGCCGAGAUGUAUUUGCCUCCGUGGGUGCUGAUGGCACUAUUCGGCAGUUUGACCUGCGCCGACUUGACCGUAGCACCAUACUGUAUCAGGAACCCCAGCACUUUCCGCUGCUGCGCCUCGCCUGGAACAAGCUGAACCUCAACUAUAUGGCCACCCUGGCCAUGGAGUCCUCUGAGGUAACUAUCCUUGACCUGCGUAAGCCUGGAACACCCAUGAUCCGCCUUAACCGGCAUGGGGCCUGUGUCAAUGGGCUCACCUGGGCACCCCAUUCCCCAGGCCAACUCUGCACCGCCGGUGAUGAUUGCCAGGCCUUCAUCUGGGAUAUUCAGCAGGCGCCCAGUGUUGCCGAGGAGCCCAUCCUAACCUAUACCGCUGAUGGGGAGAUCAAUAAUGUGCAGUGGGCCAGAAGUCAGAAUGAUUGGGUUGCCAUCUGCUAUAAAAACAUCCUGGAACUUCUCCGCGUCUAAGGCCGUGGCCUGGAGAGCAGGUCAGAUCCCAAUCCCCAACCAAGAUACCCCCUAAAAGAAGCUAUGAGAAUAGAAAAAGAAAGAGUUGUUACAAGACUUUUCCUCAUAAUUCAUCAGUCCUUCCCAGAAAACUCCUUACUCAUUAAGACUUAAGACUCUAGCCAGAAUAUUCCCAGUUACAACUGUUAAGAUUUGCCAGAAAGUUCCUGAGACAUGAAAACAGCUGAAGACUUUGCAAGUCAAUCCCAUUGCUUGGCCUAUAUUCAGACUAACACCUUGGAUAUGAGAACUUCUAGACCAUGAGUUUACCGAUACUGGAACUCUCCUACAAUUCUGAUUUGAAGCUGUUUCCUUAACU